CGUUGGAAAUCGUUCGUUCAAACCGAUCGUCCAUUUGUACCAGUACGCACAAGCAUCUCGUCGGCGCUUCUUGACAUGAGUCAGUUGAGUUCGUGAUCUCCGAUUGAUACGCGUUUUUCGCCUGAAUUCCCUCGAGAUUGAUUUUCCAUAUCUUGAUCAUUUUCAUUCUAUACGCACUCAAUGUUUCACAUCAGCCAGACUGAUUAAGUUAAGUAGUAAAAUAUACACAUACCGCACGCAACUCAGGAAUACAAAAAAUGUUGAACAAAUUGUUCAUAUGUUUUGGUCAUCACUAAAUCACACACAAAGAAUUUUUUUUUUCUCUUCUUUUCUAUUUUUCGUCGACGGUGUUGCGUUGUGUAUUUCGUGUGUGUGACUUGAAAGAUUUAUAAACUUGUUGGCUAUAAAUUUAAACUUUUAUUUUCCGUGCGAACAAGUGAACCGAAUAUUAAUUGGAUUAUAUGGUGCACGACGUGGUGCUGAUUGUGGGUUUGGCUUACAUGAAAACGCGCUUUGCGUAAGAUCGCACAACGGUGGAAUCCUAAACAUGAAUCAAAAUCGCCGAUAAAAAUAAACACCAAACCCAAUUGAAACAUACACAAAAAUUCUACCAAUUUUUCCAUCGUGUGUGUGUGAUUCGCCAUGUGUCAGUGAAUUUAUUAUUACUGUGCAUUGUAAAUACAAAGUAAAGAAAAAAAUAAAUCAAAAUCGAUCCAGAUUUUCUUGUGAACCAAAACGAAUUGUGUAUCAAAAGUUGUCGGAAUGAAAUGGGUUCGAAAGAGAAAAAAUGAUUAAAAUUCAAAAUGGUUUGCAUGGUGUUUGCAUGUGAAACGACGUGAAUUGCCAAAUCGAUGAUAUUGAACAGUGCGAUCGUGUGUUUUUGACAUGCUGUAGAGUCAAGUUGAUCUUGAACAGACACGGUUCAACUGCACUCUCUCACAUCACCCGAUAAACCGUCACGUCGAAUACAAUAGUUUUUCGUAAUUCAAUUGUUUCAUUCACUCCGUGUCUCUCUCGUAUCAUUGAUCCGUAUCAUUGACCAAAUUGAAAUUAAAAAUUCGCUUCGAUGGCGCCCAACACGGGUAAUUAUGUAGAAAAAAUUCCAAAACAACGUGGCCGCUGCACCAGCUGUUUAUGUAUGUCAUGGAAAGUGUUCACGUGUAUAUUUUCGCAUGUGAUGCUUAUCACAAUGGUAGUCGCGUAUUGUCUCAUGGGCUCGUAUUUAUUCGAACGGCUGGAAGCCGAUAAUGAGCGACAUAUGAAAAGUGAAGUGAAAUAUAUUCGAGGUAAUUUAUCACAACAUCUGUGGACGUUUACGCAAGACGAAAUAUAUCUACAUGAAAAGCAGUGGACCGAUCAUGCUUCAGAGAAAUUACUUGAAUUCGAAAAUAACAUACUUGAAACAAUGAAAACGGGCGGAUGGGACGGUGUUGAAAAUCCCGAACGAUUGCAGUGGACACGAAUGGGCGCAUUAUUCUAUUCCAUUAUUGUAAUUACAACGAUAGGGUACGGCCAUAUCUCGCCCAAGACUGAUGCUGGCAAAAUUUCAACCAUUUUCUACGCAAUCGUGGGCAUUCCGUUGAUGUUGCUGUGUUUAUCCAACAUUGGUGACAUAAUGGCGAGUUCGUUUAGGUUCAUUUAUUGGCGUGUUUGUUGUUUUGUGUGCACUCGCGAACCAAAACGACGGCCGCGUCGAUCAGAAUUCCAACGAUCAAUAUCGCACAAUCAAUCUGCACGCUUCUCGAACCGUGCUAGUAUGCGUCGAUCGGUGCGAAUAUCGCAACGCACAGCCGAUUCUGGUAUUGACUCAUAUUUCGAUCCGAGAAUGUCAAAAAUGUCACACGCAUAUUCAGAUACGGAUUUGAGAUAUGGCACAGAUGAUAUGGCGAUAAAACGGCCGUCAUACAAUAGAAGUCAACGUUUUAGUCGUCAUAGGAAUAGAGAUCGAUUGCGGCAAGAAAGACACACCGUGGAACGAGAACGAGUUGUUGAACGGUCACUAAGAAGAUCAUACAAUACGCAGUCACUGGAUCGACGCUCUCAUACUCGUGGUCAUAGUCAAAGAUCAGCUCGAGCGCAUUCGAUGUCCAGAUAUGAAAAUAAUAAUCAUCAUCAACAACCGAGAAUGGUACCCGAAGUCAAUGUGCGAGACUACACCAUGACGCUGCCAGCAUCGCGUGGACGUCAUCGAUCCAGAAUCAAUGAAAAGCGUUCUCAGUCAGUUGAUCCUCGUGCGUUGAGGGCAAAAAAUGAUGUGCCAAUUUUAUGUAAUAAAUACGCAAUCGACGACUUUAUACGAAGGGAAAGUUUAACCGAGCAACGGGAGCAUCAUGAGCAACGAAAUCACCGGGACGAUCGAGAACAUCGAUCACGGUCAAUGCAACCAUCACAAAGCAACCGUAAAAGUUUGUACUCACCAUCGAGAGAAGUGUCGCCCGAACCGAUUCCAAAGCGACUGCAACCAAAUGAACGUUCGCGUUAUUUAGCACCUCCCUUACCACCAGACAUGAUGCCCAGUGAAGAUGAAUGCAUUGAGCUCGAAGUUCCAAUGCGAAAGCCCAAGAAACGGGAAAGAAAAGAGACUUUGCCACCAUCGCCACGAAUUAUGUCACCAAUGGGCUUUGCCAUUCAUCGACAAGCACGACUCAUGGAAUCAUUCGACGAAGAGGCCGGCUAUGACGAUGACUGCAUCGAUUAUGUAUCGGACACUCCUGUGCGACCAGUGCCUAUUUGGUUAUGCGUAUUCCUUGUAAUCGGCUAUAUUAUCGCCGGAGCGUUUUACUUUACGCGAACGGAGAACUGGAGCUUCUUGGACUCGGCCUACUUUUGUUUCAUAACACUGACUACCAUAGGUUUUGGCGAUUUCGUUCCAGCUCAAGGGCUGAAUCAAUCGGCGCUAAGCGAGACACGUUCGUAUUCGUCGCAAAACACUAGUUUCAUCUUUGAUGUGAGCGAUCAAGAAAUCAAAAUUGCCGGUUGCUCUUUAUAUUUAUUGUUUGGUAUUUCAUUGCUGGCGAUGAGUUUCAAUUUGGUCCAAGAGGAGGUGAUAGCGAACGUUAAAAAUGUUGCACGUCAAUUGGGCAUACUCAAAGAAGAAGACACCGAUUACUGACCCAACUAGUCAUCUAUCUAGAAAUAACAAGGCUUUUCAAUUUGUCAACCGAUCGUGUUUGUGUUCGUUUCUGGCAUAGAUGUCGAAAGAAGAGACGUGUUUUUUUAAAAACGAACGGAUAUCGCGAAGAUUUAUGGCAUUUUAUGACAAUUUAUGUUUGAAUUAAGUAAACUAAUUUAUUUUUUGACGAAAUGAAAAUAUAUGAAUGAAUGAUGUGAAGUUAAUUUGGAAAGAGUUUGACGCUUUUUCAUCAGCCCAGUUCAAACAGGAGAAGAAACAAAAUGUUAAAGCAGCGAGUGUCAGUCAACACACGUAAAAAUAUCUAUAUUUAGCUACAAAUAUGAUGCAGGGAAUUUAUUACAAAAAAUGAAAUUUAGCAGCUAACAAACAUCACACACGUUUAAUUUAUUGGAUUUUCAAAUUAUAAACAACAUUUCCAUUGAGUUGGAGAAGAGAAAAAGGGUGUUUCAUUGAACGCGUGCAGAAUAUAAUAUUUCAACCGAUUUCAACCUAAAUUAACUUGUGCUCUGAUAGUGACUUAUUUAUAGAGUUGGGGUCAGCGCGAUGCGUAAAGAUUUGUUGAUUUUCUGUGGUUUCAAAGGCCAAUUAAUAAAUACCAUCAAAUGUUUUCAACGAAAUUGAAAUUUAUUUCAAUCACAAUUCUCUUUUUAUACCUCGUUUAUUAUAUCAAACUUUUUCGUUGAAUAAGAUUUUACAUCGACUUGAUGAGCAUCACAAUGGAAUACGUAGUCUUUAGAAUCUGUAAUGAAUCAUCAAAUGCAAGGGAAAAAAAAUCGUUCAAAGUGAAAAAAAGUUGAUCUUCAAUUGAAAUGAUGUGGAAUAUGAUUUUUUUUUUUCCUUCAAUUACCACCAGUAAUGUCGGCAAGCUCAAUUCAAACCGUAACACACCGACGGCAACGAUUUUCAUUUUACGUGCGCCGGUGGCCAUCAUCAUUUUCAACAUGGCGAAGCUGGUUUUUUGAUCAAACGCAUUGAAGUUGCUGCAGUAAAUACUGUGCUGGAUGCUAUCAAACUGUAGAAAAUUGGUUGUAAAAAUCAAUCAGAUAUGCCAAAUUAUGGUCGAAUUGAAUCAAAAUUAAAAGACAGGUGAACUACCGUAUAAAUAAUGUUAUUGCCAAAAUAACAGUAGAUGGCCAUUUCAGCCAGAAAUGCACUCAACCAAAAACAAGUCAUGUUAAACUCUGCCACGGUCAAUUCAUACUGAAAUAGAAGUUCUAGUUACGUUUUGUCUGAAAAAUAUGUGCAAAAUGUAUUUUCCGUACGGCGAUCAAAAGAAUCAGCGAAUUUGCGAAUACAAAAGCGGCUUGUACGACUUGAAGAAAGAUCAAAUCGUUGACUAGUGUGUUCAUCUCACGAACAAAGCUGUUAGCAAAGCAAAGCAAAGCAAAGCAAAGCAAUUGAUUGUAGCAACACAUUUAGCAAAGCAUUCAAUUUAAUUACCCAUCAAUUUUCAAGUGAAGCUCAAUCGAUUUACAAAUUUCUCGAUAAAACGAUUGUUUUUGGUGCGGUAUUUUGGUGUAAAAUUCAUUGUAUCCACUGGUGUAUCCCAAUCGGCUGACGCGUGAGCUUAACAGUGACAGAAAGAAAUUCACAGAAACGAAUGCAUCGAAUAAGUACAUAUUGACAGCAAUAUUGAUUCCGCCCGCAUAAACAACGUUGCCCAAUUGAUACAAGUAUGCCAAGCAAAAGCCGACAGUGGUUUGAUCAAUCUCAAAUGGCACAUACAUCUUGUAUGGCAAGUGUCUUUUUCGCUCCAACACCGGCGUUAAAUAGGCAUACAUAAGAUUGAUUGCGCCGAAUAUCGAAUAUGGAUUGAUAAUUUUUCGAAUAUGAAAAUUCAACACUUUUACGAAUCUGAAAGGUACAAAAUCAAUAAGCAAUACAUAAUCUCUAAUUUCACAUGAAGAAACAAAUCUUGUUUUUUUUUUUCACUCACUCAUCCUCGGUAUGAUUCUUUGCUUCGUAAUCAGGAUCGUCGAGUUUCGCCCAUAAGGCUGCCAGUUGUUUUCGUUUCCGGUAAAAUGUAAGGGCUUUGAAUGCUGCAUUCAAAUACGCGAAAAUCACAAACAAUAUUUGUAACGUUUCUUUGACCGAUGAAGAUAUCAAAAGAGACAAAGUGAAUAGUACAAAGCCCAAAUCGGUGAACAGUAACUGAUACACGAUCACAUGAAAUUUCAUAAAUAACUUUACAUCUUUCGACGCAUUUGCAAUUUCGAAUGUGCCGAAAAACUUGAACACUGUUUCAUGGAAAUCUAAAAGAUCCAAAGGACGACGUAUUUUCUGCACUGGUUGCGACAUGGUGAGAGCGAAUGGAAUUUAGUUUUAGCACUCUUUUGUUGAAUAUGUACCUUUGAACUUGCUUGAAACGGACUAAGAAUCACUUUGAUUCUUCGAAAUUUUGAACUAUAACUAUUUAUAACAGUCAAUUCCAAAAAGGUGUAAUCAAAGCAUUUAUUAUCACUUAAGGGCACGUUAGAGCGAUUUGCAUUUGUCAGUUAUUCAAUAUAAUAGUUGCCAUGCGUUUGAUAGGCUUUUUGUACAUUUCGGCUUUCAGUUCUCUACUUUUGUGGUAACAAAUCGAUUCAUAAUAAAGGGUUAUUAGUACGAAAUCCAAUUAUUCGUUUUAAUUUUCAUAUCCUCAAACGCGAGUCUCUUCAACAUUCAUUUCACAAGUCAAACUAAUUUGAUUUAAUGAUAGGUUUCGUUUGGUGAUGUUCGAUUUAAAAAAAAAAUGGGAUCAAUGCUUAGUCCAACAAAUUAAAACGUAGCUACCUGAUUUCCGAUGUUAAAAUCGAAUUAUGCAAAUUGCUCCGA